AUGAAGUUCCAGUUAGACCCACCCCCCCCAGAUGGCGGCUGGGGGUGGGCAGUGGUUGUUGGAGCUUUUAUAUCCAUUGGCUUCUCUUGUGCAUUUGGCAAAUCUAUUUCUGUAUUUUACAAAGAAAUUGAAGAAAUGUUUAAUGCCAGCACCAGCGAAGUGUCCUGGAUCUCUUCUAUUAUGUUUGCUGUCAUGUAUGGGGGAGGUCCUGUCAGCAGUAUCCUGGUGAAUAAAUAUGGCAGUCGUCCAGUCAUGAUUGUUGGUGGCUGCUUGUCAGGCUGUGGCUUGAUUGCGGCUUCUUUCUCCAACACUGUACAGGAACUUUACUUGUAUAUUGGAUUCAUUGGAGGUCUUGGGCUUGCCUUCAACUUGAAUCCUGCUCUGACCAUGAUUGGCAAGUAUUUCUACAAGAGGCGACCGUUGGCAAAUGGACUGGCCAUGGCAGGCAGCCCUGUGUUCCUUUCCACUCUGGCCCCCCUCAGUCAGGCUCUCUUUGGUAUCUUUGGCUGGAGAGGGAGCUUCCUAAUUCUUGGGGGCCUCCUACUAAACUGCUGUGUAGCUGGAGCCCUGAUGCGACCAAUAGAGCCCCCACCAACAACUGGAAAAUCUAAUGUAGAAAAGGAGGCAGGUGAUGCAAAUACAGACUUUAAUGGCGGAAACGCCAAAGCAGAGAAACGAUCAGUUUUUCAAACAAUUAACACAGUUAUGGAUUUAUCCCUGUUUACCCACAGAGGCUUUUUACUGUACCUCUCUGGGAAUGUGAUAAUGGCUUUUGGGAUGGCUACUCCUUUAGUCUUUCUUAAUAGUUAUGCCAAGUGUCAACAUUACUCUAGUGAGAAGUCUGCCUUCCUUCUUUCCAUUCUGGCUUUUGUUGACAUGGUAGCCAGACCAUCUAUGGGACUUGUAGCCAACACCAAGUGGAUAAGACCUCGAGUUCAGUAUUUUUUUGCGGCUUCUAUUGUUGCAAAUGGAGUGUGUCAUCUGCUAGCACCUUUAUCCUCCAGCUAUACUGGGUUCUGUGUCUAUGUGGGCUUCCUUGGAUUUGCAUUUGGGUGGUUUAGCUCAGUGUUGUUUGAAACACUGAUGGACCUUAUUGGACCCCAGAGGUUCUCCAGUGCCGUGGGAUUGGUGACCAUUGUGGAAUGCUGUCCUGUCCUCCUGGGGCCACCACUUUUAGGUCGUCUGAAUGACAUCUAUGGAGACUACAAAUACACCUACUGGGCAUGUGGUGUGAUCCUCAUUAUAGCAGGCAUCUAUCUCUUCAUUGGCAUGGGCAUCAAUUAUCAACUCGUGGCAAAAGAGCAGAAAGCAGAGAAGCAGCAGAAAAAGGAAAGUAAAGAGGAGAAGCCAAAAGAAGUUAUUAAAGCAGCAGAAUCUACAGAACAGAGAGGCCCAUGA